CCCUCCCUCUUGGCGGGCGCUCACAGGCCGCGCGGGCAGCGCGAGCCCGGGAGCCCCGGAGGCCUGUGCGCCCCGAGCCGGCAUGGACCCUGAGCGCUGCGCGCCUUUCGGCGUAGGGCCUGCACCCAGACCCUAUGCGGCCGCAGGGGAUGAGCCUCCGGGCCCUCAGGGGACCUCCGCCACUUCGCCUCACCUGCACUCGGCGCCGCCCCGCGGUCCGCGGCUGACCGGCUUUCCGGCCUGCGGCCCCCUGGAGCCCUACCUCCCAGAGCCGGCCAAGCCGCCGGCCAAGUACCUGCAGGACCUCGGACCGGGCCCGGUGCUCAACGGCGGUCACUUCUACGAGGGCCCCGCGGAAGCUGAGGAGAAGGCCUCCAAAGCUGCCAGCUUCCCCCAGCUGCCCUUGGACUGCCAAGGGGGACCCAGAGACGGACCCUCUAACUUGCAAGGCUCCCCGGGCCCCUGCCUGGCCAGCCUGCGUCUCCCUCUUUCCCCGAGACUCCCUGACUCCAUGGAGUUGGCCAAGAACAAGAGCAAGAAGCGCCGUAACCGCACCACCUUCAGCACGUUCCAGCUGGAGGAGCUGGAGAAGGUCUUCCAGAAAACCCACUACCCUGAUGUAUACGCCCGGGAGCAGCUGGCUCUGCGCACAGACCUGACUGAGGCCCGGGUACAGGUCUGGUUCCAGAACCGCAGAGCCAAGUGGCGGAAGCGUGAGAGAUACGGGAAGAUGCAGGAGGGGCGGAACCCCUUCACGGCUGCCUAUGACAUCUCUGUGCUGCCCCGCACUGACAGCCACCCCCAGCUGCAGAACUCUCUGUGGCCCAGUCCAGGAUCUGGGAGCCCUGGGGGCCCCUGCCUCGUGUCUCCAGAGGGCAUCCCCUCCCCCUGCAUGUCUCCAUAUUCCCAUACCCAUGGCAGUGUGGCUGGCUUCAUGGGGGUGCCAGCCUCCCCUACACCCCACCCUGGCAUCUACUCCAUCCACAGCUUUACUCCUGCCCUGGGGGGCCAUAGUUUUGAGUCCUCCCCAGACUGUGACUAUAAGUCUCCAAGCCUCGUGUCACUCAGGGUGAAGCCCAAGGAGCCACCCAGCUUGCUGAACUGGACCACGUGAUUUGUCACAUGGACUCACAGACUGCUGUCCACCCCCUUACCCAUUUCCAGCUGCUCUCAGCCCACCCCUGUCUGGAUGCCAGAGAGGACACACCUCUGCUCCAAGCCCCAAAUGGUUCCAGAGCCUGGGAGAGCAGUUGGGACCCCAGAAGGGAACAUGCUACAGGGUCUUUUCUCUUAGAAUAAGGUGGGGCUGAAAGAAAUAGCCUCAAAGGACUCUUCCACAAACUCACUCCCUGAGCCUAGACUCCACGCUGGAGGGAGAGACUGCCCUGCUUCCUCAAGACUUUGCCCAAUGGUUAUGUCUCCAGCUGAAAUGGCUUAAUUGGUUCCUCAUUGAGGGAACCCAGAAAAAUGGGAAGAGGACACAGAAUGAACUGGGAGGAGCUCUUUGUGAGAGAGGGGAAGGAAACCAAAGAGCCUGGUGACCACCGAGUCUUCCCCCUGCCCACCAGCAGGGGGCCUGCAAGGUGGAAGUCAGAGUAAAAGGGGCCCCUCCCAGGCUCCAGCCCUGCCUUCCUCCUGCCCUGUGCCCUGUCUCAGAACAUGCUAUGGAGUCAUCUUCCCCUCCAAAUGGGCAGAAAUGCCAUCAGAAACCACCAGAUAUUUGGAUUCUCUCAGCCCAGAGCUAUGCUAUUGAAACUGUAUUGAGUUUUGCUCAGAAUAAAACAGAUUUCCAUAGAUUCUGAGAUCCCAACCCCCAUUUUCGUAAACAUACUUUUGUGUAAAAAAAAAAAAAAGUGCUACCCAACAUAGUAAUAAAGGCAAUGGUGUUUUUUUUUUUUUUAAAUACCAGGUGAUCGUAUAUCCCCGGGAUCUGGCCCUUUAGGGCCCAUCAGUGUCUGGAAUGCAGGCUGGGCCAGGCCCUCCUCCUAACAAGGAUCCCAGAGGCGAGGGGAAGGUGGCCUGCAGCAGAGCUAGGCUGCUACAUGCCAUGCCGGGUCCUAUCACCUGCCUGGGGUCUCUGUAGCUUUGGCUGCUGCUGAGAGUCAGGGAGAAGAGUGACUGUUGGGCUGGGCUCAUUUGGCAGUAACUUUGUGGCUAAAUUGACAAUGAAAGCAGAAUGGAAGAAUGGGAUACCCACUAAAGACAGAGCUGCCCAUGUGCUGGGACCCCAGAGUGGUGGGGGUGGGGUGGCUCCCUUCUCCCAGACAUCCCAGGAGC